CAGUCCUUCUCCCUUCCAACCCUAAUUUCCCCUAUCCGCCGCCCCCCUCUUUCCUCAUAGAUCAUCAAUCUAAUCCAGUUGCUCCAUAAUCCCAACUCCUCCUUCACCUGACACCGUUGACCACACUUCAACUCUACCAAACUUUCCUUUUUUUCUGCGUACAAGAAUCUUGGGUACUGGCUUGAACUUUGGGCGUGCCCGCAGAGACGAUUGCUUCCACGCGCCGGUCAGGUCUCACCGCUCAUUCCAAGGCGCUGUUGACAGUAAUAGGCUCCGCAGAGCUCAUAGUGAUCUAUCGUCGAGCCGGUCGUCCGUUUGGGAUAAAUCUGCAGAUUCGGUUCGGGAGCUCGAGAAUUGUACGAGUCCAAGAAGGGUGUUGCGGUGCCGUCAUGUGAGGUUGCCGAGAAGCGAUGCCAAGAAUGGGAUCAAUGAAUAGAAAGGAGCAGUGAGUUUCUCAUCCAUCAAGAAAUUUCUGUUGUUUACAAGUAGGGGUGUUCAAAACCGAUCCGGAUCAAUCUAAACCGAUCAAUCGAACCGAAAAAAUCGAAAACCGAAAAAAUCGAAAAAAAUAUGUUUUGCUGUUUUUAUUGCGGUUCGGUUCGGUUUUCGGUUCUGACAAUGAAAACCCCAACCGAACCGAACCGAACCGGUAUAUUAAAAACCUUAAAAAACAACCCCACCCCACCCCCAAACGUGACUCCUCUCCUUACUCACUCGUGACCUAACCCCCACCCCCAAACAUAAACCUAGAUCUAGGCCUCUAGCUGCUCUCUUCUCUCCGUCUCGCACUCUUGCUCUCUGCACUGGAGUCUCGAGCUCGAAGCCCUUCCUCCCACCACCUGGCAGCGCCGCCGAAGCCUUAUUCCCAGCGAGCACCGACCCAGCCGCGCUCUUCCCAGCAGCGCCGACCCAGCAACGCUCUUCCCAGCAGCGCUCUUCCCAGCGAGUACCGACCCAGCAGCGCCGAAGCCUUCUUCCUAGUGACAGCGAGCACGGACCCAGCAGCGUUCUUCCCAGUAGCGUCGAAGAGAGGCUUUGCCACUCAGCCUAGAAGCAUUGCAGAGAGGGUACGAAGAGCACGAAUUAGCGAAAGAAUCAAGAAAUUGCAAGGCCUUCUCCCGAAAUCUGACAAGUUCAUCCUGAAAGUUGAAAUCCUAUGUGGUCUGUAUCAAGGUAUAGGAUGCAUCCAGAGAUAUGCAAAUCCUCUUCACUGCAUUUUGAUGACAAUAAAGCAUAAAAUAGGAGCUAAUAAUAGGAUUAUGAUGAGUUCUCAAAAGUGAAAAGAGGAAAGAAAUUUUCGGUGCCGAAUCAAUUUGGGCUUCCAAAUAUUUGGGUCUUUAUUGGGCUAGGUUGAGUUUGUUUUAAGGCCCGUUAAGCCAUCACCGAACUGGACCAUUAAGGGUUCUCCUCCUCCUCCUUGUUACUCUCUGCUACUGCGGCUAGCUGCUGCCACCACCAUUCUACACACACAGACCACUUUCUUCUUUCGUUUGAUUUCGAGUCUCAGAAUGAUUUCAGCUAUUUCGUGGAUACCGAUAGGUGCUUCGAAGGCGGAACCUACCGUAGUUGAACCUCCUUCCAAGGAAGAAAUUCAAGAUAUAAUCACCGCCGCCGCCGCCGCCGCCGCCAGUGGAGCAGACAGUGAAAAUGAGGAAGAAGCAAGUGAUGAACGCAUGGAUGAUGCCGGUGGCGCCGUCGAUGAAGUUGCGCGAGCACUCAAUGUUGCUGAUGCUCUCGGGAAGGCCGAUAAAUUGGACGAUAUUGCCCUCGGUUUGAAGGAGCUUGACAUGGAACAUUACGAUGAUGAAGAUGAAGGAGUUGAGGUAUUUAGUUCCGGGAUUGGUGAUCUUUAUUAUCCAAGUAACGACCUGGAUCCUUAUAUCAAAGAUAAGAACGAUGAUGAUGACUCCGAGGAACUCGAAGACAUGAUCAUUAAUCCAACUGAUUCUGUCAUUGUUUGUGCUCGUACUGAGGACGAUCUCAGUCUUCUCGAGGUUCAUAUACUUGAGGACGUCGGUACUAGUGAGAUGAACAUGUAUGUCCAUCAUGAUAUCAUAAUUCCUGCAUUUCCACUAUCCACAGCUUGGCUUGACUGCCUUCAAGGAAGAGAGAAAGGAAACUUCUUAGCUGUUGGUUCAAUGGAACCGUCAAUAGAAAUUUGGGACCUUGAUGUUAUUGAUGCAGUGCAGCCAUGCAUGGUUUUAGGUGGCAUUUCAGAGAAAAAGAAGAAGGGGAAGAAGAAAUCAAUCAAAUACAAAGAUGACAGUCACACUGACUCUGUACUUGGUCUUGCCUGGAACAAAGCGUUCAGGAAUAUACUUGCUAGUGCCAGUGCUGACAAGCGAGUCAAGAUUUGGGAUGUGGCUACUGGGAAGUGUGAGAGUACAAUGGAGCAUCACUCAGACAAGGUUCAAGCAGUUGCUUGGAAUCAUCGUGAACCAGAAAUUCUUCUUAGUGGUUCAUUUGAUCAUACUGUGGUCCUGAGGGAUGGAAGGAUGCCAUCCCAUCCUGGUUAUAAGUGGUCAGUCACAGCUGAUGUCGAGAGCUUGGCCUGGGAUCCACACACUGAGCACUAUUUUGUGGUGAGUCUCGAGGAUGGUACUGUCAAGUGUUUUGAUGUUCGGACCGCAAAGUCUGAAUCCACAUCUGAUCUAAGUUCUACAUUUACUCUUCAUGCACAUGACAAAGCUGUUACCUCAGUAUCCUAUAACGUCUCAGCACCUAAUCUACUUGCUACUGGAUCGAUGGACAAAACGGUAAAGCUUUGGGAUUUAUCGAAUAACCAACCAUCUGUUGUGGCAUCUAAAAACUCCAAUGCUGGAGCUGUAUUUUCUAUUUCGUUCUCAGAGGACAACCCCUUUGUGUUGGCUAUAGGAGGCUCAGAGGGAAAAUUGCAAGUUUGGGACACUUUAUCUGAGUCUGCUGUCUCUCGGCGUUAUGAAAAUUACAAGAAGAAUAGAACUCGGUCGUGAUAUAAUUGAGCAUAAUAGUCUUCCUGGUCUCCCCUUCAUAUGUUACUGGUAGGCUAGAAGUAUUUAAGUUAGAUACAGUUGUUGCGAAACAGGUUGAAAGCAAUAUAUUAAGGAUGGUAGAUAUAUAGAGUUUGAUAGCAUAUUCUCUCUCAUAAUUCAUGUAUUUAGCAUCCUUAUAAGUUUUGAAUGAACAUUUAUUCUACAGCUUGGAUCAUUGAGUGUUCCAAUUUUUUGCCUUUGUAAUAUAAUUGCAGUCAUGCGCUUGUGAAUAACGAGUUGCAGCGUCUUCUGUAAUCGAACUUGUGUGCCAAACUGCCAACGUUGUUCAAUGGUAAAUUAGAUUGGUAAAGCAAACGAGUUGUUUGUUUUAAUUUUCUUAAAA